AUGGAAUGGGCUAUUCAUCGGAUUAAAUAUCUGUCCGGUGCAACAAAUACGGGAGCUGCGCUUAAAUUUACCUUGGAACGUGGUUUUCAGGAUGCGCGAGGAGGUGGUAUUCCAAAGGUAGCAGUAGUAGUAACCGAUGGUCAGUCUCAGGAUAAUGUUGCCGAGAGUGCACAGCAAUUAAGAAAUGCUCAUGUGAUGAUUUAUGCAAUUGGUGUUACGAAUUUAGUUAAUGUACAUCAGUUACAUCAGAUAGCUGGAAAUCCAGCACGAGUGCUUACAGUUGAAUCAUUCGAUGAAUUGAGCAAAACUCUUGCAGAUUCACUUACUUGGGAUAUGUGUAAGACAGAAUUUAGACCUGGUACACCUGAUAUAAUCUGUGGUCCGGAUCGAAUUGGAGUACGAGCAUCAACAAAGAAUCCAUUUGAUGGAUAUGUCUUCAUUAUGGAUCAUUUUCAUAAAAAGGAAUGUCGAGCAGGUCCCGAGGAAUUUCCAGAUGCUCGAAGUAUUGGUAUUACUAUUCCAUUCACCGAAUGCAAUAUACAUCGAUAUCGCUCAUUGAAUCCGCGGGGUAUUUUUGUUGAGAUGACAGUUGUCUUCAUGUUUCAUGCGCUAUUUAUGACUAAAGUUGAUCAAAUGGUAAAGGUGCAAUGUUUUUAUAUGGAAGCUGAUAAGUCCGUAUCAGCAGCAAUGGAGGUCAGCAUGAUCACAACACAAUUUCGUGAAAAGAUGUAUGAAAUGCCGCGAUGUGAAUAUACCCUCAGGCGCGGAUCACAGAAUGGACCAAUUGUUGAAUAUGCACAACUUGGCGAACAUGUUUAUCAUCGUUGGGAAUGUCAUGAUCAGGCUGAUACAUUUGGAAUGCUUGUACAUUCAUGCUAUGUUGAUAAUGGUUUUGGUGAUCGUGUAGAUAUUCUGGAUGAUGCAGGAUGUGGAGUGGAUACCGUUCUACUGAUGACCCCAGAUUAUGAUGAAACAUUGAGACUUGCAACAAAGCCGUAUCAUGUUUUCAAAUAUGCCGAUAGGCCUGUAUUACAAUUUCAGUGUCAGAUAACUUUAUGUCUUAAACUUGACGCAGGUUGUAUUGGAUUAACACCACCAAAUUGUCCAGAAUUAGUACAUAAUCAUGUACAUAAUCAUGAACAUGGUGAACAUGAGCAAAAUGAAAUACGUCGUACCCGAUCUAUCCUAGAAUCAAAUACCUUAGAUGUAUUCACACCACAAUUACAUAUUAUCGAUAAUUUACCCCAAUGCCCUAAUCCUUGCAUUCAAUUUUCACCCUUCUAUAUUAUAAGUGGUAUUAUCAGUGUGAUAUUAAAUGUUAUCUUAUUUAUUAUUAUAGCAAUAAUAUUUUUAAGAAUUAAAAAAAAUGAUAAAAUAUGA